AUGGCAUUAAGAUUUCUCUCCCUCUUUUUGUCCGCUACUACGUAUGCAGCAACCCAUGCGAUCGCACGAGAAGCAUGCAAGCCAUGCAAUCCCCAAGGCGCCACGAACAGCAGUGCCCCGGUUGUUGGACCAGCAAUGAUGUCGCUCUAUGUCGAUGUAUUGGCAUCAGUGAAGGAUAUCCAUUUUAAGAGACGAUGGACAGACAAUGCCAUUGCCCCAGACGAAGGGUUCUGCUGCCGAGAGAGCCUCGACUGCGUAAAGGUCAAUAAUUUGAACAUGCCGAUAUGCUACGACAAGUACACCACGCAUUUCGCCUUCAUCGACGACUCCUGGGGCUCCCUGACAACUGGAGACUAUAACGGCAUCGACGGAUCGACAGCGAACCUUCUCACGGGAGCGUACAGCAGAGUAGGAGGCGAGAGUGGCGACAUCUACGCUGUAAAUCCUGCUGCUAAGCCGAAUACUGCGACAAUGUCGAUUCCUCCGCAAUGGACGGCUGCGGGAAUCGGAAGUGCAAUCCCGCCUACGGACAUGGCGAAAUCGGUAUCAGAUGUUCCCGUUACCACUGCUGCUACCGCGACUGCUGCACCUUCAGCUUCCAGUACAGGCGCUGCUGGCCAUGUCACCAUCGAUUCAAGCAAGCCUUUCAGUAUUUCCUUCAUCUUGGGGUUGAUAUUUGCCUUUUACGCUGCUUGA